GUGUGAACUUAUACGCGGUGUACUUAGCAUUAACGUCUUAAAUAAACUUUUCGCGCUCGCUCAGAUCGCGGCAAUCAUCCUAAUUACUUGAAUUAACAGUUUAACAGUAGCCCGUGAACAGGUAAUCACAUUGCAAAAAUUCUACAGUCUCUGCAUUUGCAGUACUUAAAAUGCGUUUUCGGUGUACAGUGCAUAUGGACUUGGUGCAAUGAAACACUCUCGAAAUUUUAUAAAAUGUCGAUUCUGAAUCUAAACUUCUUAAAACUCUGCAAGUUACCUUGAUUUUGUUAACUCGCUUUUCGGAACACCCUAACUUCCCCGUGACUAUCGUGCUACCGAAGCUCCAAAAGGAUAUCCGCCACCACCUGCGAAGCUCCGCCAACCCAUGAAACUCCAAACCACCGAAAAACCCUGCCUUAAUCUCUGUACAUCGUGUUUUGUGUGAUUAUUUAUAAAUCAUUUGACAAACGUAUACUAAUUAAUUAGAGUUUGUCUAAGACAUUUAAACUGUGCUGAGGAAUAUUACUGCGGUUCGGAGACCCCCGUUUAGUUUGUCUGCUUUUUAACUCUUGUGCGUACGUAGAGUAUGAUACGUUCUUCCGGUUUUUCUUUUACAUAUUAUUGAGAAACUAUUAAUGCGAGGAUAAUAAUUGAAUUCUUCCGUUAUCACACACCUGUUGCCGUUGUUAUUGUUGAGGUGAAGAAUUUUGUGGAUACCUCGUUGUUACUUUUUUGUCAUUUCAGUGUGAAUUGUUAGAACCUUAUUGUAAGAUGAUAGUGUGACGCGUGGUGUUUUAUUAUUAUUUAUUCUUUUGCGAUAAUUGUAUGAAUUUUAUUGUGAUUUACGUGAAUUAGUGCAAGAUUUUGGUUUUAUUUAUUACCAUCUGGAAUUUUAAAUAAACUGAGGAAUUUCACGGAAGUCAACUAAAUUGAAAGUGUUAGGAAAGCUAUAGAUGAUGGCUACUUCUCACAUAUUGUCGGCUAUUGAGCCAAUUGUAACUGGAAGCACAUCGUCCACAAGCAAUUCGCAAAGUUGCCAAAAUGACACAAAUCGUAGCCCAGACUUAGAUAGGAAUUUACAUGUGACAUUAGACGAUCGAGAUUUAUGGCUUCGAUUUCAGAAUCUAACAAACGAAAUGAUUGUCACAAAGAACGGGAGACGCAUGUUUCCUGUGGUCAAAGUCACUGCCACCGGAUUGGAUGCGGCCGCCAUGUACACCGUCCUCUUAGAAUUCGUUCAAGUCGACAAUCAUAGAUGGAAGUAUGUAAACGGGGAAUGGGUCCCUGGGGGAAAAGCAGAGGUUCCCCCAUCAAAUCCGAUUUACGUUCACCCUGAAUCCCCGAAUUUUGGCGCACACUGGAUGAAAGAGCCAAUAUCGUUUGCUAAAGUGAAAUUAACGAAUAAGACAAAUGGGAAUGGACAGAUUAUGCUCAACUCCCUGCACAAAUACGAGCCGCGAGUUCACCUAGUUCGCGUAGGAUCCGAUCAAAGGCAUGUUGUUACAUAUCCGUUCCCAGAAACACAGUUUAUAGCGGUCACAGCCUAUCAAAACGAAGAGGUUACAUCACUCAAAAUUAAAUAUAAUCCAUUUGCAAAGGCUUUCCUCGAUGCGAAGGAGAGACCUGAUUCAAUUUAUUCGCACGAAGGAGCUUACGGUUGGUUCAUACCUCCUAGUCCAUAUUCACCAGCACCUCAACCUCAGCUAAAUAAUUGUGAUAGAUAUAACCGCCAUACACCAACUACUAGGAGUUCUCGUCCAGUGCCAUAUCCUCGACCACGAAUGGUAACAACUCCAUCUAGUAAUCCAGGAACACCGCCGCCAUCGGCACAAAGUGGAUUUCUUCCACUGGAACCAGUUACCACGACUGUGUUUUCAUAUCCAACCAGCUGGCAAAGUACACCAGCGACGUAUUGGUCAUCUACCCCGAGUGCCACUACACCGAUAACUUCAAAUGUAUCUCCAACUCCAUCCACUGGUUCCCCAAAUUACACAGCUUCGACGGGGUAUACAACUCAUCACUUGUCUAGCCAUAAUCAAUAUAAUUUGGGACCACCUCCUCCAACUCAAAAUGAACCAACCUAUCAGAACCUCACUGGAUCGCCAACUCAAACGUACAGUUCAUCGCCGCAUCAAGUCUACCACCCAACUCCCACUUCGCCCACACAUCAACUCUACACCAACGUCCUCAACCCUUCUACUCUAAGUUAUUCUGCAACAUGGCAUAGCGGAACGGAAUAUGGACUCUAUCAAAAUUCAUACGCUUACCAGCCCCCGGAAUAUAUUCCUUUAGUAGGAGAAAUAAGCACCUACAAUCAUCCACCUGAGCAUUCCUCAAUAGCACCAAAAGUCGAGGAGCCAACUCCGAUUUAUAAUACUGAAGAGAGCGAAUCCGUCCUUACUCUGGAAUGCGCCAAUCGUUCACCUGAAAAACCUGAGCAGCCUUCCACCACGGUUAGAAAUGAGAACUGGACCCCACUAACACCCCCUUAGGGAAUAAAAUUUGGUGAAAAUUCUUGAAUGGCUACAAUCAGUACAAUAGGAUUAGAAUCUAAGAGAGAAGUUGGUUUGGUUGCUCUGAAAGGCGAGUCUCACCUGGGAACCUUUGGGGCCUUUUCAGAAUUCGGCUUUGUUUGUAUUUGCUCAAAGUCAUACAUAACAAUGAAGUAAUUUAUCGUCGAUUUGAAGAAGUUUAUGUUAGGACAAAUAGCAAUGU